UCAUUAUGUUAAUUUUUUUUUUGGUUUCCCUUGUCGCACCCAACAACAACAACAACGCUGACCCCCGCUGUGCUUGCAGGCAGAUUUGCGUGGCGUGGUUUGGUGGCAGUUGAGGUGGUGCUGGUGGGGAGCAGGUGGGGGUGCAUUCAAUCGUGCCUCUGCCAAGCAAGCAAGCGACUACAGCAACAAUGAGGACGAUAAAGGCAGCAAGAGCGCCGCGCUCGUGGCUGGUUGUUGCUGCGGUUGGCUUGUGCGUGCUCGCUGUGCUUGUGCCAUCGUGCCACUGCCAAGACGAUGCUUCCUCAACAACAUCCUCAUCGCCGCAAAUGCCGCUCAUCACGCUCAGGCCAGACAACGUUAUCACCAUCACGCGCGAGGGCAUGGGCACAACCUCGACUGCAAGUCCAGAAGGAAGCCAGGACGCCAUCCCAAAGUCCACGCUGUACAUAAUAUUGGGCUCUGUCAUUGGCGGCCUGCUAUUCCUCGCCAUCAUCGCAUGCAUUGUCGUGUGCUGCCGUGUCGGUCGCAACGUCGACAACAUCAAUAACCUCGAGCUAAAUCGAAUGAGGACUGCAGUCACAUCGGGCAAAGGGCGGCAGAUGGCCGCGUACAACAACAACACCGCUUACAGCGACAACCCUUCCCGCAGCGAGCGCAGUGGGUCUGGGCACCGUCGCUUGCCAGCGCCGCCACCAAGCAGCGGCCCGCGCGCACCAGGCACAAAGGGCAUCAUGGCCUGGGCUGACGAGAGCGAGCAACAGGAGCAGCAGGGGUGCAAGCAGCAGGGGUGCAAGCAGCAGCAGCAACAACAACAGCAGCAACAACAGCAGGAGCAGGAAGGGGCGAAGCGUCAUCCUGGUCAUGGGUCGCAGUGCGAGGGAGGAACCAAAGGCGACGUGCCACAAAGCACACAAAAACCGUUGAGCACGCGUGGGCAACAGCUUGCAGCGGGACAAAUACAACAGGACAGCGUGGCAGCGGGUGAGGGUGACGUUUGGGAGGGCCGACAGCAAAAGCCAGCGCAAGCAGGAGACGGUCUGGGCACCUCUGCACCUUCGCUGCAGGCAGAUGAUGCGGUACAGCGUCCUGCGGUACACCAGGAGCAGCACCCAGAUCGGCAGCAGUCCCAGCAGUCCCCGCACUCCUCGCAACAGCGCCGGCCUCGUCGCUCCUUACCCAGUCCACCACAGAAGCAGAACAGUGCGCAAGCCAGCCAGCAGCAAAGGCAGCAUUGAGAUACAUAGACGCUGAUACGCUGAUGGUGAUGAUGUGCAAAGGGGCGAGGUGAGGGAGAGCGUGAUGUGAUGCACUUUGAUUACUGCUUGUGAUUGUGACCGCCAAUAAACGUAUGCGUAUGCUG